AUGGUUCAUACACGGUUUUCGUCUGCAUCUCCUGCAUCUCAAACAAAUAUUCCAAAUUCUAAAUCAAAUAUGAAAUAUGCAGUUGCUUAUGUUAGUGAAGCAAGAGUGAAGAGAAGGCUCUAUAAUUGCAAACAUGAAGUUAGGAAAGCAAAAAGAACCAAAAAAAGCCAAUUAAUUAUUGAAGAACCUUGUGAAUAUGCUCCUAAGGGUAUGAAUUUCCUAAUUCAUCCGGAUAAUCGUUGUUCUUCAAAAAUUGCUUCUACAAUCAAAUAUUCUCAGAUUCAAGCUAUCCAUGAAAAGCUUUCAAAGAAGCAAGUUAGUGACUUUGGUGAUUCAUGUUUUGGCCAUUUCCUAACUCUGCCAGAGUUCACAAUGCAACAUCAACUUAUCCACAAUCUAUUGCUAAGAGAGUUGCAACAACCCAACAAACUAGAGAUUUGGGCUGGUGUAAAUGGAAUGAAGCUUCGUUUUGGGAUGAGGGAGUUUGCAUUGGUCACUGGUUUAUGGUGUUUUGGAUCCACAGAUAAAAUGAAAUAUGUUUCAAAGGAUAAUGGUCUUUAUUCUACAUAUUUUAAGGAUCAUUUUAAGAUCAAUAACAAAAUUGUUGUAAAAAAUAGUAAAAAAGAGAGCAACAAAGAUGGAAAGAAAAAAGACAAGGCUUUCUAUAGGUUGCUUGGGUUUCCAUAUGCCUUUCAAGUAUGGUUUUUUGAGUGUUGUCCAUACUUGAAUGGGAGAUAUUGUCAUCUCUCUCAAGGAUCUAUCCCACGUAUUGUCAAAUGGUCAAGCAACAUUCAACCUUCAUUUGCAGAAGUGACCGAGUUGUUAUCUUUGAAUGUUGCAGAGUUGAAAUUGAGGAAUAUAUAUCCUACUUCCAAGGAGAGAGAAAAUUCAGAAAUAAAGAGUUUGUUUCCAAAAGAAAAGGAAGAUAUUGAGGUUGACAUUGGUGUUCCUGAUAAUGUUAGAGUUGCUCAAGGACUUAGAGCAACUAAUUCUAGAGUUGAUGCAUUAGGAGAUGAUGACUUUGUGGAGACUCCACCUCGGUCUGUUGCUAGUGGUUCUUCACCUUCUUUGCCUACUAUUCAUCCUCACUCUGAUGUUGGUGGUUGUUCAUCUCUUACGUCUGAGAUGCCUCAUGUUUCGCUAAGUAGCAUGCAUGCACAGUUGCGAGCUUUAGAAGCAUGCAACAAGAGAUUAGAAGAAAGCAACACAAGAUUAGAAGCAAGCAACAAGAAAUUAGAAGAGAGCCACAAGAUUGUUAUUAAUGAGUUGUCUUCAUUGAAGAGUCAUGUUCAUGAAGGAUUUUUGAAUCUUCAUAAUUUAUUUAGUUCCCAUUUUGUAGGGAAACAGGAUUCUCAUGAUAUUGAGGAAGAUGACAAUACCAACAUUGUUGAUGAUGAAAUGGUUGAAAAUAAUUCGAAAGAAGAAGAUGAAAAAGAGGAGGAUGAGUCUGAAGAAGAAGAAGUGCAUCAAUCUGAAGAAGAUAACGAUGAAAGUGAUGAUGAUGAUGAUGAUGAUGAAGACAAUGCAAAGUGUGUUGGAGAAGACAAUGAUGAUGAAGAAGAAGAGAAAGAUGAUAAUCAUGAAAAAUACAAUGGAGGAAACAAGGAUGAGGAUUCUAAAGUUGAGUUAAUUUUAUUUUUUCCAUCUCAAGUUGCCCAAGUUGAUGAAGUUGCUAGUCAUGUUGCUGGUGAGGUUGUUGAUGCUGCGUUAAAAGUUGCUGGUGAGGUUGUUGAUUUUCAAGUUGCUAAAGAUCCAGAAGUUGCUGGAGUUGCAACUGAGGUUGCAGAGGCAGUUGUUGAAGAUCCAAAAGUCUCUUUUUUGGAUUCUUUAUCAGACAUUGAAUUGGAUAAGGCUAUACAAAAUGCCUAUAAAGCUGUAGAUGCGAUGAAGGCAACUGGGGUAACUUCUAUUCCUUGCACAACUAUUGUCCCUUAUGUUGGUAGUAGUGAGAGUAACUUGGGAUAUGUUACUCCUGCUCUACCAAAAAGGACAAUUAAGCUUCCACCAUGCCUGCAGUCACCUUUUUUGCAAACUUUUUGUUCUUGUUCUGGGGAAAGUAGUGUGAUUCAAUCAACAGGAGGAAUCAAGGUUGUCAAAGGACUUUGCCCAUUAGAUGAAAAAAUUGGUGAAUUGCCUGACUUUGUCACUGUUCAAGAAUUCUAUGUAUGGCUUGAUAAAGGAAUGAAAAGUAAUAACAAAUCGAGAUUGUACUCUAAAGAAGACAACCUUAUCAUUCCUGGGUUGCAACUUGGGGUAGAUGUUAUUACUAAGAAGAUGUGGUUUCAUGCACUUCAAUAUAGUGGACAACCUAUUUUAAAAUCACAUGUUGAUGUAGUCUUUUAUUAUUUGAGGAAGAAAGGUAUGUAUCGUGACUCUACUGUUUUGAAGUUCACUACAACUGAUACUACCUUUCAAAAGAGGAUUGAAGCCAUUUAUGAUUCUUUUUUAAAGAAGAAUCACGGUCAUGGGGUAAUGAAUCGUAACCAUGUUGUUGUUGAGGUUAUGAUGGGCUUUGGAUUGAGUUGCAACAAAUCUUGGCUACAAAGCUGUGAUCGUAAAGAUCAUGUUGCCUUGCUAGCUAUAGAACCAUUUCGUUUUUUGCUACCAACUUAUUUAUCUAUCAUUGGAUUUUAUGAGCGAACUGAUAUAGACUUCUCUUCAAAGCCUUAUGUUGGGAGACCUCAAGCUAGUUCUUUUGAAGUAGUUAUGGAUGAUGACAUUCCUUCUGGGUCGCUUAUAGACAGUGCAAUAUAUAUGUUCUCUUUUGCUGAGUAUUUCAUUGGUAGAAAAGAGAUUCCAAGAUGUGAUUUUGAUGUUGAAUUUCAUAGGUCUAGGCUUGCUUAUUUACUAUACUCAUAUGCAAUGGGAAAGCAAGAAUGUGGAUAUGAGAGUGCACGAGAGUAUGCUUUGUCAUGA